CAUAUAUUUUAACACGGUAAAAUAGUCCACAGGUACAGUUUGGGUGUGUAGGAUUUUACAGCGACUUUAUUCCGGCUCCCGUGUCCAGGCAGAAGAACCGCCCUGGAUCAGAUGAGCUGUUGUUUCGUUUGGUUUCGGUUUGUCUUCGGAGUUUUUCUGAUGCUUCCUCAUCCGGUCUUUCUCCCGUCAUUUUAUUUCCACAAUCCCCCCUCUCUCUCUCUCUUUCUCUGUGGUUAUCUGGCCAUAUUUUUACGCGCAGUGAACUUUGGUCCGAUAAAUGUUGUCGUUUUUGUGAUCCGCCUCUCGGUCACAGCAGCUGGAAACGAAACUUGGGAGGAAGGAUCGAGCUCACCAUGUUCGACACUUAGAAGCCCAUUUGAGACGAGGGGAUGGACAGUGAGCGAAGUCAUGGAGGUGAAGGUGGAGAGCCAGAGGUGGAGGAUGAGUUUGCCUGUGCCGGGAUGCUGCGUGGAUCUCUGGCCUCCCUGCACGGCACCGUGGAGCGUGUCUUCUCGGUAGCGUUUGCCAUCGGGGCCGACGAUUUGUCAAACGACCACAACGGGCAGAUAUGGCUGAAACUACGGGGGCAGAGCAACGACGUAAAAGCUGCAAAAUUAUUUGUGAAAGGACUGGUGAACCAGGAGGAGCAGCAGGAGCUUUCUUACCCCGGAGCUCUGCACUGCAUCUUCUGCGGAGCCAGGGGACUGUUCAUGGACUGCCUGACCAAAAGCACCUCGGCACAUAUAGUGGUUGGCUCUACCGGAUUCCUGCUUAUCUCGGGUCUUGCAGAGCCGGUUGUGCGAGCCUACUCCCUCAUUACAGACAUGGUGGAGCGGUAUGAAGGCACACAGUCCAGACGCUCAGACACUGCAGACAGAGGCUUGGGCGAGACUCUGGAUUCACGCCGGGCUUUCAAGACCCUCGUUGAGAAAUGGGAGGACAAACACAUCCUGGAUCUUCUGGUGCUGCCGGCGUCAGUGAAGGAAAUCCUGCUUGAAAUGAUAACAGAAUCGGGGCUUGGAUCAGACCCCAGUCCGGAUCUUGUAGAUGGAAACGCCGGGGCAAGAUCACUUGAGGAUUUGGGGGUUAGAUGGGAAAAACCUUCAUCCAUUACUUACAAACUCCCAGAGCCCUCCAGGACUACUGAUCAUUGGGUUGAAGAAAUGACUUCAGGUUCUGGUAAAGACUCUGCAGCUUCUUCAUUCCAGUUGUUGUCUUCAGGUGCCCGAGGGAUGGCAGAGGGUGCAGAGGAAAGACUUAUGAUUUCUCCACAAGAGUUUGGAGAACAAAGUCAAUCAGCAGCAUUAGGUAGCGAGGUGAAAGAGGUACGAAGAGAGGAUGAGGAACCGGAAGUGCAGUUGUCAGUGGGGAACAAAGAGUUCUGUCUUCUUUUAAAGUUCUUCACAGCCAUGGGGUACACAGAGGAUGUUGUUAAGAGAGUGCUUGCCCGAACAGGACCUAAAGAGGCGUCACAGAUACUGGACGUGGUUCAACAGGAGCAGGAUCGCAGUGACCGGGAGGAGGCGAAUAAAAGUCAAGACGGUGUUGACUCAAACCGCAGCGUGAGGAACCGACCUUGCGAGACGGAGCACAGAGAAGAAGAAGAAAUGGAAGUAGGAGGAAAGGAGUUGAUAAGUAGUAACGGUGAGGUGGUAGUUGUUUCUGGAGGGGAGGAAUCUGGGGCAAUGGGAAGAGAUAGUCCCAAGGAGAAAGAGAAAGGGCACGAGGAAGACUUUGUUCUGGGGGUGGUGAAGAAAGCGGCAGCCAGCUGCGGCUACAUGGAGCAGAAAGUGACCAAACUCUACAACAGGUUGCCUGAUGGAUCCACUCACCAGCUGCUCCUGGAGCUGCAGAGAGAGGAGAACAAAGAGCUGUUUGCCUUUGGUAAAGGACCGAGAGAGAUGGAUGAUGUAGUACUAGAGAAAGAAAGCCCAAAAGUUGCAAAAGCAAAGGAAAUGGAGCUCCUUAUACCUGCCGUUAAGAGAAAAUCUGAUGAUAAAGGAUGGGUAGAAGUGCAGAAUCCACCUGAAGACGAGUUCAAAUUCUAUAAACUCACAAACUCGCCAAAUCAAGUCAACCUUCCUGAAGUCAAAGGGCCACCCAUGCCUACAUAUCCUCCAUCUUUUGAUCGUCCACUCACCAUUGUCCAACCCAACGUACAACAUGGUCGAACCAACUUAUGGCAGAAUCCAUCCACCUCGAGACAACAGCAUCCAACCCAAGACAAUGUCCUUUUCUCAAAGCCCCAUUAUUUUAACCCCCUAAAACAAGCACUCCAAGCCCCACAGAACCCCUUCUUCUCAACCAGUGCCUUGCCUCCCACCAGAGUGAGGGAAAAGCAAGGCUUCAUGGCCCCUUCCUCAGUAGUGGUGACGGGGGAGCAGCGUUUCCUGGAAGGCCUGCAGAUGCCCUUCGAUCUGAAGCUAACUGACCAACCCGGUGACCCGAAUGUGAGGACGAUCAUCAUCGACGGGAGCAAUGUGGCGAUGAGUCACGGGUUGGGUCACUUCUUCUCCUGUCGAGGAAUCGCUCUGGCCGUCCAGCACUUUUGGGAUCGAGGCCAUCGUCACAUCAGCGCCCUGCUGCCACAGUGGAGACAGAAGAGCGACCCUAAAAUCAAAGAGCAGCACUAUCUGAUGGAGCUGCAGAAGCUCGGCCUGCUCGCCUACACCCCCUCCAGAGAGGUGCAGGGCAAGAGGAUCAGCUCGUACGACGACAGAUUUAUGCUGCAGCUUGCACAAAAGACAGACGGAGUGAUCGUCACAAACGACAACCUGAGAGACCUUUCAGACGAGUCGCUGGUAUGGAGGGACAUCAUCAAAAAGAGACUUCUUCAGUACACAUUUGUCGGGGAUCACUUCAUGGUGCCGGACGACCCUCUGGGCAGGGGAGGGCCUCACCUGGAUAUCUUCCUACGCUCAGAUCACAGGACCCCCGACCCAGGAAACCACUCUUUUGCCGGUGUUGCCACCGCUUUCCCUUCUUCUAAACCUCCACGCUCCCAAACCGAACUCCUGAACUUCCGCGACCGAACUCCAGGUGGAGGGAGCCAGGGUAAAACCAGAGGACAUGGAAAGGGAUGGGAUUCAGGACACCAGGGGAGGCAGUUUGGAGCCUCAGGACUUGGGUUUGGUGCUGAUAGGAGCCAGGAGGAAACGGCCAGCCUGAGGGAGCAGCUCUGUCAGGUUUUCCCGGGUCAGGACAACAUGGUGGCACUGGUGCUGCAGAGCCACCCGAGCGAGACGGACAUGAACGUGCUGUCUGAUCGAAUGCUGGAGCACUAGAAGGACUCCUUAAGUCUUAAGGUUUUCCUGGGUUAAUUCAGACCUUUUUACGCUGAAGUUUGGCCUAGUUUAAUAGAUGGUAAUUGUGUUUUCGACCAAAGCAACUACAACAAAUCCCACCCAAUACCCAAAUAUGUCCGCUUGGGCAAGGAUUAAGAUUUUCUGCAUUUCAAUACAGAAUCUUAAUCUGAUAUAUGCCCUCCUCCAUUUACCAAAGCCUUGAGAGGCAAGUGAGAUGUCAGAUAAGACAAAUAGACAAUUUAAAAAACGUUUUCCAGGAUAAUCUAACAGGUGAAAUAACUUUUGUCAGAAACAUUAUAGCAGGGGUGUCCAAACUACGGCCGGGGGGCCAAAUGCGGCCCGCAGGCCAUUUUGAAUCAGCCCUCAGCAAAUUCUAAAAGUAUAAUGCAAUAUGGCCCAUAAAUUAAACUUUUGCUAUUCUUAUAUUGUACUUCUCAAAUAUAGAUGUUGAAAUAUAUUUAACAUUAGCCCAAUUUUCAAAUAAAUUCAGUCUUUAAGAAGGCAAUAUUCCUCUCUAUAAGUCACCCAGCUCUCCACAUAUUUUUCUGUAUGUGGCCCUUGGUGAAAAAAGUUUGGACACCCCUGCAUUACAGUAUGUCCACUAGGGCUAAAGUGCACCACUAUUAAUGUUAUUAUUGAGACUAAAGGCAUGUCAUCUUUGACUAAUCAUCCCCACAUCUACCUCAUUUCUAUCCUAUUUUCCUACACAAUUAAAAUAAGAUUUGUCUAUUGUUGUUGAAAAGGCCCUAAGUAUACUGUUCUGUUUCCCCCCAAAAAGGUCCCUUAGUGGUCCGGGAUGGAUUUAGCCUCUUCAAACAUGCAAAACAAUUGAUAUUCCUAUCAGCCUCUGUUGUAUUUUGUGUUUAAUUCACAAAUGCUAACAUGGUAGCAGGUUAAACUCACAAAUGAACAUGGUAUGGCUGCUAAAAACAAGCAUCGUAUAUGUUAGCGUGUUAGCAUGUUAGCGCGUUAGCAUGUUAGCGCGUUAGCAUGCGAACGAGAGCAUUUAGCUUAGCCUACAGCUUCAUAGAGCUAAGUCUUAAAGUGUGAGUCUUUUAAGGUGUUAAAAACAAAACCAAUGCCAAAGGAUGCUUUUAUAACAUCCCCCUGUUACCCUUAAGGAGUGUGUUUUUUAUCUGGCAGUAAUAUUAAAGGGUCAGUCAUUCUAUUUUGUGUUAAAAAACAAAAACAAACAGCACUUCCGGUUAGCCCUUUGAGCAACUGGAGAUGAGAAAAUAACUCAGUGUUAUUUUUAAAAAUAUGAAAAUGUCUAUCUUUCAUUAAUAGAACAAUAGCAAUCGUUUUUUGUUUAUGAUUCUAAUCUUCACAUUUUAAAGCUACACAGUGGAGGAUUGUUGUUUAAUCACCAUGUUUGUUGGCUUGGUGUUCAUUUUCCAAUGCUAAGAUAAUACUAAAUCCUCCUUACAAUAUUUUGUCAACUCAAUUUUUUUAUAUUUCUAACUUAUUUUAAACAGUUUUAAUACUGUUUUGAUCAUAGCUCCGAGUCUGUGCUUCAGGAGGGGAAACAAAAUGAGUGAAUCUUUCAUCUUAUUUUUCAUACAACUGAAGAUCAGAUCUUUAAUCAAACCACGUUAUUAUAUUUGUACAUUUAAGACCUCAAUGCUAUCUUCUGCCUAUUUUUCUAUAUUAAAGAUUUCUUAAAUCAAAGUAUAA